CUCGCACUGCAUACAUCGCCUCCAAUAUGAAGAACAGCAGAACAGCAGUUGCUGGGAGUACGGCACGACUGCAGCCGCCAGAGUGGGCCAUCUUCAUGGUGGCCAUAAUCGCGGACCUCGUCUCUGCUGCCGGACUCCUUCCCGUCGAACGCCUCUCACUCUUUCGAGGUCUGGCGGUGUUCUUGCUGUACAAAGAGUGGGCGCUGGCUUCCGCCUGCGGCUUCGUUCUACCCCGGGUCGUGCCCUUGAUCGCGGUGUGCUUCUUGAAGCAAAAGUGGAGGGCGUUUAAAGCCUCCGCCCAGGAACGGUUAAACGCCUUGGCUGCGACUGCGAACGAGCGCGCGGGGGUCUCGACCAAUGUUCCACACGCAGGCAUGGGCGGGAACACAUCUGCCCAUCGACAUAGUCGGCAUUCUCAGGAAGGGAAGGUUAGCGGGUACGACGUGUCUUCCGUGAGCGGUGAAGAGGUGGUGGAGCUAAGCUCGUGGGCAGCAGAAACCGCGAGUGUUGGCCAUGACAACAGCAGCAGUAGUGGGGCAAGAGUGCGGCAACGGAAUCCGCUGCGAUGACCACCACUCGGUUCAUGACACAGAGGGUAGACACAGACUUACCGUCGGAUUUUCGGAGCGAAGGGCUGUUUCCCCACAGCCGCCGCCGCGGCCAGCCGCAGCCUCCGUCGAUAGGAAAGUCGCUUGAAGAGGCUGUCCAUGGGCAAAAGGUCGUGAAAGUAGCCUUGAUCUUGAAUGUGCAGUUUUUAGCCGUAGCUCACACCUGAAACAUGGGUCCUAUUGGAGGGUGGUGUUUCGUGUUUUCGCUGCCGGAGUGCUACGAACAAGGUGCUUCACGCAGUGCUUGAUUGUUUGGUGGUGUAGUGUUGUCAGUGGCGGCAAAGCACAAUCGCCUUGUUUAUUUUGGAAUACAGCAGUAGCAGAGUCACACCGCAGUCGAGGCUUGGAUGGAAAUACAGGUAUCACACAUGUAUUGCAGCACGAAGCACCCUAGACGUUAAUGGAUGAGGGCAUUCCUUCGACCUCGAGUAGGCCUCUCCUGGG